AUGGUGAACAUAAAUCCGGCAAACGUAAUUAAUUUACUAGUAACAGCUCUACAUAUAUCCAGUAUACCACCAUCUCCUGUUAAUCAUAGGGAAGUCGAACUAUCAGAAAUUAUACAUACUAUGAUACUUGAUAGUAUGAAUGACGUUUCAUUUACAACCGACUAUGUUACGACCCUGGAAUACGAAGAUCUAACGCGACCUCAAGAAUGUGAAUUUGUUCAAGAUGACAAUAUCCAGGAAAACGAAGAAUUUACUAGCAAUGAAUUUGAUGACAUGUGCAUCCCAGGUGAAAGUGGUAACGUAGACUUAAGUUAUAAAACUCGAGCUGUUGAGCGAGACAAGCAACAUUUACAACUGACCUCCACCGAAUUCGUAAACCGGGUAAAACCAUACAUUACUAUGUACAAUCCAAAUAAUGUUUAUAACGCUGAUGAGAACGGAUUUAAUUUAGAAAUUCAUUCUGGUCGUACGUUAUCGUAUCGUGGUGUUAAGACCAUAGAAGCAUCCGUGCAGUCAGUAUCCUCAACCACACAUAGUUAUACGAUUCUCCCUACGAUUUCCGCGAGCGGUCAGUUAUUGUCACCUCUAUUUAUGGUGUUAAAAGAAACCAAUGGAGAAUUUGUACCCAGGGUACAAGAAAACUUAUUUAGAUCGGCUAAUGUGUUUGUUACUGCUUCAAAAUCUGGAAAGCUGACAUCGCACCAUUUCAACAUUUGGCUAACAGAAGUCUUUUUACCAAAGACUGGAUCUCAAAGUGUUUUAUUACUUGAUUCGUGGAGCGGUCAUUGUCCUUCCUCUUUUCAGCAAAGUAUUCCGGCUGACAUAGAUCUUAUUGCGUUAACCAUACCGAAAGGAACAACAGGUUUGAUACAACCGCUGGAUGUUUUUGGUUUUCGGCAACGAGAAGAAGAAAUCUGA